AUUCGAUAUACAUUUGACAGAUCACUUUGUUUCGUGUGAACUGCUUAGGAAAGUAAAAAUAAUCCAUACAAAAUAAAUGAACUAAAUAAAUUAUGGAAAAAGAGCAAGAGAUAUUAGGCCGGCUUCGGCAAGAUAUUGUGGAUAAUAAUUUACAUGUUAAAGCCAUAAUUCAGGACAUAACUGGAUUUCGUGGCACAAUUGAAGAGUUAAAUCAAUUCAAUGAAGCUGGACGGGCAAAAUUGGCAUUAUUACGAAAAAGUAUUCAUCGUUUAGACGAUUAUGUGGCCGAUUUGAAUAAUCCAACACUCUCAGCGGAAAUUGAUUCACAUCGUCAACAGUUUUCCAGAACUUUGCAAGCAUUCCGCCGAGCUAAUAUUACUACAAUGUUGGAAAUAGAGAAAUUGGAUAAAGCUGAACUACUUUCAAACAAGACCGAAGUACGUCAUCGAACUGUCGGCCAAUCGAAACAUGCUCAAUCUAGUUUGGCAUAUCAACAAGAUAGUGUCACCGAAAAAAUGUUAUCGAUAUCACGUCAUUUAUCGGAGACAACACAAAAGAGUGCGGCCACACUGGAAACAUUGGUUGCAUCAUCGGCAAACGUUGAAGGUACAAAUGAUGAACUUCACAAUACAGCCGGCACCAUAUUGCAUUCCAAAAAAUUACUGAAAAAAUACGGCCGACGAGAGUGUACCGAUAAGAUAUUAGUUUUCUUUGCAUUCACACUUUUCAUUGUGGUUGUUUUAUAUAUUGUUCAAAAAAGACUUUUUUAACAAAAUAUUAUUUAGUGUUAAAAAGAUGA